AUGCGCGCCACACUUUUUACCAGUGUUGCCAGCGUCCUUUGGACUGGGUCGCUGACAUUUGCGAGUCCGACGGCAAAGAGUGCCGAUUUGGCAUCAUUUAUAUCGAAGGAGGGUCAACGAUCUAUUGUAGGGAUUUCCGAGAAUCUGGGUGGUAAAGGCAGCAAGACACCGGGCACAGCUGCUGGCUUGUUCAUUGCUAGCCCAAACAUGGCCAACCCAGACUACUAUUACACAUGGACUCGUGAUUCAGCACUCACAAUCAAGUGCUUGAUCGACCUAUUUGAAAUUUCUGGUGGUGGAUAUUCAAUCAGUACCAAAGAGUUGGAAACCGGUAUUCGGAAUUAUGUCUCGUCACAGGCAGUGCUGCAGAAUGUAUCCAAUCCAUCUGGAACUCUGCAAGAUGGCUCUGGACUUGGUGAGCCCAAGUUUGAGAUCGAUCUAAACCCAUUUUCCGGUUCCUGGGGCCGGCCUCAGCGUGAUGGACCCGCCCUGCGAGCGACAGCUAUGAUCACAUACGCAGACUGGUUGAUUUCCCACGGCCAGAAGUCUGAAGCCGCAGAUAUUAUGUGGCCCAUCAUUGCAAAUGAUUUGGCAUACGUGGGCCAGUACUGGAACAAUACCGGGUUCGAUCUCUGGGAAGAGGUUGACGGAUCAUCUUUCUUCACCUUGGCUGUUCAACAUCGCGCACUGGUGCAGGGAUCAAGUCUGGCACAGAAACUCGGCAAGUCAUGCCCUGCUUGCAAAUCUCAAGCACCCCAGAUCCUUUGCUUCUUGCAGAGCUUCUGGAAUGGAAAAUACAUCACUGCCAACAUCAACCUCGAUACCAGUCGCUCCGGUAUCGAUUUGAACUCGAUCCUGGGAAGCAUCCACACCUUUGACCCAGAAGCUGCAUGUGAUGAUUCGACCUUCCAGCCUUGCUCAGCCAGGGCUCUCGCAAACCACAAGGUUUAUGUCGACUCCUUCCGUUCAAUUUAUAAGAUCAAUGCCGGCAUUCGAGAGGGUUCGGCCGCGAACGUUGGUCGGUACCCAGAGGAUGUUUACCAAGGGGGUAAUCCAUGGUAUCUUGCUACUCUAGCCGCCGCUGAGUUGCUGUACGAUGCCUUGUACCAAUGGAAUAAGAUUGGCAAGCUCGAUGUCACCGCGACUUCCUUGGCGUUCUUUGAAGAUUUCGAUGCUUCCGUGAAGAAGGGGUCCUACUCGGCGCACAGCUCAACCUACAAGACUCUUACCUCAGCCAUUCGGGCCUAUGCGGAUGGUUUCUUGACUCUCGUCCAAGAAUACACUCCCUCUAAUGGAUCUCUGGCUGAGCAAUAUAACCGGAAUACCAGCGUUCCCCUCUCAGCCAACGAUUUAACGUGGUCUUACGCUUCCUUCAUCACAGCCGUACAGCGUCGUUCCUCUAUCGUGCCUGCCUCAUGGGGUGAGAAAUCCGCAAAUGCCGUUCCAACUACCUGCUCCGCAUCGCCCGUCACAGGGACUUACCAGGCUGUCGCUUCGGCCUUCCCGACAAGCACUGGGUGCGUCCCCGCGACCGACGUUGUGCCAAUCACAUUCUAUUUGAUUGAGAACACUUUCUAUGGCGAGAAUGUCUACAUGACUGGCAAUGUCAGUGCGCUCGGCAACUGGGAUACGAGCAAUGGGUUCCCACUCACGGCGAACCUGUACACUGAGACGGAUAAUUUGUGGUUUGCCAGUGUCGAGCUUAUUGCCGCAGGUACUCCGUUUGAAUACAAGUACUACAAGGUGGAGCCGAAUGGCACCGUUAUUUGGGAGAGUGGUGACAACAGAGUUUAUGUUGCUCCUACUGGCUGUCCGAUUCAGCCUAACCAACAUGAUGUGUGGCGGUCUUGA